UUGUCAAAACAAAAUCACAGAAUACCAAGGUUAACAAAAUGGUAGAUGCACGGACAUUACCAAUUGGCUUAUCUGACAAAAACUAGAUAUCCAAAUCAUAGAAAAAAUAAAAAAAAGGACAGAAAUUUAUGUUUAUGGGUUGAUUGGAAACAACGUUGGAAAUUUUUUCAUUAAAAUGUCUGAAGAAAGAACUGAAUCAACAAUGCUGGCUAAGAUGGAGGAGUUUACCAUAAUAGAUAAAACAAUGUUUGCUAAACAACUGGUAUGCAAUAUCUGUACCAAACCUUUGAACAUACCACCCAUCAUCUACAAUGAAAAUUUGGGAAGUAUUUGUGGCAGAUGCGGCCCUCAUACUUCGUUGAGUGGAUUGGGGGCUGUUUUACGACAAAAAAUUUAUGAAGAGCUUUUAAAGAACCUUACCUUCCCAUGCGUUAACAAAAGUUAUGGUUGUUCUAGCAUUUUAAAGUGGAACCAAGUAGAGCAACAUGAGAAAACCUGUUCAUAUCGUUGUGCCAAUUGUCCCCUGUCUUAUAAACAAUUCUUUCCUGAUAAAACUUGCACCUGGGUUGGCAAUCUGAAAUUGCUUCAAGAUCAUUUCAAACUACAUCAGGAACUUUAUCUUGACCCUCCUCAUUUUGAUUGGCCAGUUGAUCCGAAAAACGAGGUUUUUCUUACAAAUGCAAGUAAUCAUACCAUUAUUGUCGUACUUAAACAUGAGAAAGAUUUCAAAUAUCAUUGUGUGUUAAUGGUAAAUGGGACAGAUUUAGAAAGUCAGUGCUUUAAGUAUCAGCUGGAACUGUUCAACGAAGACAAGAGCAAUUCUUUGGUACUAAGACGCAAUAGAUUAGAACCAUUGAGUGAUUUCAUGGAUCAUUUUCAUAAUCCAGAUAAAUCUCUGGAGGUUGAUUUAAAGAUUGUUCGUGAGAUGCUUCAAGAAUCAGGGAAAAUUUACGCCAAAUUUGGAAUUGUCAAAAAAAAUAAAAAAGACAUUACUCAAAUAAUGGGAUCCAACCAUUGUGAAAUUUUGUCCGCUGUGAACAAAGUAAGCAAAGAUAAAUUAGGCCCUGCUGAUGAGGAAAUGCUGAGUGAAUUAGAAUGCCCUGUAUGCAAUGAAUAUAUGGUGCCACCAAUAUUUAUUUGCCCAACGGGGCACAGUGUGUGCAGUGACUGCAAAGUCAAGGUUGGUAAAUGUCCUAGUUGCAGAUGUGAUUAUGCCGAGGGACGUAAUUUCACUCUUGAGAAAUUAACUACUCUUGUUAAAUAUCCAUGUCGCAAUAGGGAUAUUGGCUGUGGUUUCAUAUCAACCUCGGAUAAAAUUAAAUUGCAUCAAAAUUGCUGUGAACUUUCUGAAAGUCCAUGCCUUUUAAGGUGCGGCUGGAAAGGACUUGGGCCAGGCAUGUACAACCACUUUCUUGAAAAACAUCCAUCAAGGCUUCUCGAACAUAACCAUCCCAUUUUAAAAGAAUUUAAAUCUGACAAAAGUAUUAAUCUUGAUUUUUUGUAUGUAAUGGGUGAAAUAUUUUGUGUUGCUUUUGCUAAUUGUAGUAGAUUUACUAUUAAAUUCAGUGUGGCGCAAGCCUUUCCAGUGGAAGCGGAACCACAAUAUAAGUACACAGUUGAGUUUUUUAGCUCUAAUAACAAUCUAGGGCCUAGUUUCAGUGUAUGCAAUACUUGCCAACAUUGGACAGAUGUGCACAAUGCACUGGAUAAUAGCAUUAUCAUACCAGGUGAAUUAUUAAGGAGGGUAGUGUUUGAAAAUAAUUGUUAUUAUAUUAAGGUUACAAUUACCAAAUUAUAAAUAAGCUUUUGAUACUUUUGCAUUUUAUUCCCAAGAAAACAAAUAAAAACUUGAAGGCCUGGAGUUUAUAUUCCAUGAAUAAAUUAUGUGAAACUAUCCUUGUGAAAUAGAAAAAUGAGAAACCUGACUGAUUUUCGUAUAUUCAGUCAAUGAAUAAUUGAAGAAAGAUAAAUAACACACUUUGGCGAACUGCCGCAGU